CGACUCCAUUCCGAUUCAAACACUUUUCUACUCCCCCCUCCUCUCUCGCCUUUAACAUUCGUUCCUUGGCCUGUGGGAUUUGGUGCGUGCAUGCCGGCAGGAGGAGCCCCAGGGCCCCAUCGUCCCGUGGUGGCAUCGCAUCCUACCAGUUCCUCCAUGGCCAAGGAAAGCAUGGCGCUUUAGGGCCCCCUUGCUUGCUCCCGUCCAUGUCCAUGUCAUCCCCUGUCGACGAUCGCCUCCUUUGAUCAUCGAGUAUAUAUAAGCGCGCACGGCGGCCUUGGAAAGGGAAGCCAUCGCGGGUCGCCUCGUUUGACACGGUGGUGGUCUUAGAGAGAGAAAGGGAGAGGAAGAGGUGGCCUGGUUGGACUUCUAGAGAGGGAGAGAGAGAAGAGAGGUGGCUGAAUUGUAUGAUGAAUGACUGGGAAAGGAUGGCCACGUCUGGGAGUUUGGAGUAAAUGGUGAGAGGGACUCCGGGAGGAAGAAGGUGGUAGUUCGGAGACGGCGCACGCGCGGCAGCCUCAUCUUUGCUGGGCUCCUUUGUGGCUACAAGAACGGCGGUAGGAGGUGGAUCGGAGGAGCUCUGCUUCUGCUUGCAUGGUGGGAGCAGGGGAGGAGCUCAAACCAGCUUGCUAACAUGGAACCGAGGAGGUUGGAGCAGUUAGUAUUCCUGCUCUGCUGCUUUGCGGCAAUCACAUGCAGGUUACACGCACAGGCUCAGGCCCAAACCACUUUGGAACACCUCAACAGCUCGCCUCACAUUGGAGCAGUGGGUAGAAUUUUGUCGGAUGCGGGGAAUACAUCGGAGAGCGCUCUGUCGAUGAGAACAAGGAGAAUUGAUCCUCUUGAUGGACUGAGGAAGUAUGAGGGAGGGUACAAUAUCACUGACAAGCAUUAUUGGAGUUCGACCAUAUUUACAGGUAGAUCUGGAUACGUGAUUGCAGCACUGUGGGUAAUUGGUGGUAUCAUUUUUCUGGGAACUAUAUUAGUCUCCAAGAUUUUAUGCACAAAAAGGAAAGAAAGAUACACUGAGUUCGACUUUUUCCUAGAGAGAUACGAAAUUUUGACUGUGAUACUGUGCAUCAUCCUUGCAGUUUUUGUCAUAGUUGCAUCAGCAGUCGCUCUUCGUGGCACAGUACAAUUCCACUCAAGAGCAGAAUCUGUGAAAGAGAUCAUUGGGACGACUGCACUCCAGGCGACAGCAACCAUUUACAACAUAACAGGAGCCAUUGAGAUGAUGCAAAACACAUCGAAGCUAUACAACUAUACCAGCCAAGCGUGGGAUCAUCUCAACUCCACAGUAGAGGCUCUCAACUCUGAAGCAAUGGAGAUUCAGGCAAAGGCAGAGAAGAAUAUGCGCCUGGUCAGCAGAGGAAUCAACACACUGGAACUUGUAACCAUUUUAACCGUUUCGCUGAACCUUGUUGCAGUUCUAGUGUUGUUGGUAGGAAGCCCCCUAAGACUGCAAAAACUGUGCUACUUGUGCCUGGCCUUGUGCUGGAUACUGACAGCCCUCUUCUGGAUGUACUUCGGCCUGUACUACUUCUUCGAUAAGUUCGCCGGCGACACGUGUGCCGCUCUGGACGAGUACCAGCUGAACCCUCAGAACAGCACGCUGGGCACCAUCAUCCCCUGCAGCGAGAAGUUCUCCGGUAGCAUAAUUCUGCACGAUGUCGGUGCAGGGAUCCAUGACAUCAUAGAUCAGGUGAACUCAAACAUCUACACCAUCAAAUCGGAGUACCCGGUGAAGCGGUUGGACUACAUCUGCAACCCCUUCACCGGGCCGCCGGAGUACCGGUACCGCCCCCAGAACUGCCCCUCCGGCGCCGCCACCAUCGGCGACAUCCCUCAGAUCCUGAAGAGGCUGACGUGCUCGGACUUUGGCGGCGGCGCCAGCUGCCGGCCGGCGGACCUCUCGUCGGCGAUCGAUUACGACAAGGUGCAGUCGUACACGAGCUCGAUCCAGAACGUGCUGGACAUCUUCCCGGGCACGGAGCGGCUGGUGAGCUGCGAGCUCGUGAAGGCCGGGUUCGCGGACAUCGUCGGCGGCCAGUGCGCCCCGCUGCGGCGCGGCGCGCGCGCGGCGUGGGGGGCGCUCGCCGCGCUGUCGGCGGCCAUGGCGCUGCUGCUGCUGCUCCUCCUGCUCGUGCUCACCGCGGCGCGGCGCCACCCCGGCGACGACCGGCUCUCGGUGCGGCACCUCACGUCCGCGACCAACUCGGAGAUCUCGGAGGCGGAGUUCGCCGAGAUGCACGCCAAGAAAGUGCGGAUCAGGGUCGGGCCGUGAGCCGCGCGAAAAGCUGACAUGGCUGGAAUUCAUUUUUGCUGUGUUCUUUAAUAUUUGUCAUUUGCAGAGGAGGGAAGAGUUGAGGAUGUAUACUGCUGCCGGUGGUCGAGACUGAUCCAGGAGAGAUCGUCCACCGCCGGCGCGCCAUUGCUGCGAAGAUGUUUGGGUUUCCGUUCUGUGGGAUGGUCUGGAGAAUCCAGCCAUUGUUGCGUUGGUGGCAUAGGAGAAAUUGAUUUGAUUCUGUACAUGAACAUCGAUCUGCAAAAGCAUUGAAGAAUAGCCAGUGCAAUUUGUUCUCCACAUGAGCAACAAAGGAUCAAUUGGAUGAUGAAGGUUUUGCGUGGUGCUCCGACACGUUCCUCCACUCAACAGUCGACACACACCCCGGGGCCCGGGGCCAUCCCUUCAAACCCGUCAGGCUGCAGUAAGCCAGUAAACCAAGACUCUUAACAAUAUUUCUAAACUCUAAAGCCCAGCUUGCUACUCGCUACAGCUCCUCGUUAAUGCGAGACAUGGAAAAUUGGGUGUCGCAACUAGAGUCGGAUUAGCACAAAGAAAUGUUUCUUGGAACAUUAAACGGCUAAAUUUUGGUUUGCCACUGCGACGUGCUUGUGUGCUUUAUUUGUCUUGUUUUCUUUCAAAAUCAGCACUCUUAGGCCGAAUGCUGCUUGUUUUUUCGUUUGUGUGGUUGAUUGGGCCCCUUUGUGGGCAAGAUUCAGGACAGGUUUCUAAUUUGCUUUCGGGCGGAUUCGUGUCCUUGUAAUUUCCUUGUUUCUUUUCUUUGUUUUUCCUUCCAAAUCUUGCUAUUUGUUGGUCAAAAUUUCACAUGACCAAGUUUUUAUAAUUCUCCCAAUUUUCAA